CUUCAAAAGUCCGUCGAUCGAAUGUCAACACCGCAAGUGUAUAACUACAAGACUUGUUGGCCCAUGCCAUCACCUUGUACCUGCGAAUGCUAAUAUGUUGUGCAAAUCUUGGGUUAGCCUCCUGCGACUCACAUCGCUGGAGACUUUUGGAUGGCCGAAGUGAAGAAUGUCGGGCAAACAACCAGAUCUCUCGACGCCAUGGUCGGAAUGGAUGUGGAGCGACAAACAUGGUUGCAAGUAUGCGCAGCGCUACGGACCCGACGGCAAGCUGGAAUAUGAUUUCCUUGAACCCCCUGAGGAGGACGAACCUGAGGAGGACGAGCAUGAGGAGGACCCGGAGACCCCUCAAUACACCCGAGAAUCGACAGUGGAAGAUGCUCAGUUCUAUACAACCAGCCAACCCCCACGGAAUAGGCCAUCCUAUGGUUAUUACGAUGACAACAUUGUCAAAAACGCAUCGCUAGCUGGGGGCUUUCCGAGCAGUUAUUACGAUGACAACAUUGUCAAAAACGCAUCGCUAGCUGGGGGCUUUCCGAGCAGGGGAAGCCAACAUAAUUCACAACCUGGGGAUAUCGGAUCUGCAUAUGAAGACUACGAAUCGAUUGGUGAACCGCCACGGUUCUUCAAAGUAGGACGGGUUCUCGAGGUAAUCUGGGCAGAACCAGCUGGCGAAGACUCAUCGGUAGUGGGCCCAAAUUUCAUGGUGUCCCAACUCGGUGCGAAUGUCUUCACUAAGAAUCGCCGCUUUGUUGUCGUAAGGGAGAUGAGAGGUUGCUGCAUCUGUCUUUCCCUAUUCACAUACAAUGGACAAGGCACCACCAAAGACGGUGUUCGCCCUGAGGACUAUGCUGCUGUCUUCCCUGAUGGCGGCCAGGCACAUACUCUUCCGGGAGAGCGUUUGAGUAAAGACCCUUUUCCCAUAAUCAUUGAGAAUCCCUCUCAGAGACUUCAUCCCAUGUCGCGUCUGAGUUUUGGUCGUGUGUAUACAGUGGAACACAAUGUCAGAGCUAUUAAAAUUGGGAGAAUCCCCGAUGAGCACCAUACCAGACUCACACACUAUCUGGUUCACACCAUUUUUGGUCCUCAAUGGAGAGACAUGUCGAUUGAUUUCAACUCUGACAACCCGCCUCUAGCCCGUAGUAUUCCGCCAGGAAUAAAUACAGGAUAUGCUACUCCAUGGUCGGAGACCUCAACUCCUCGAGUUCCGGCUAGCAGUCAAAGGAUGCCCGCUCAAUACACUACGCCAAGAACAGAUAUCCCUGAAAGAAGCACCUACACUUCACGUCGAUCAGAAAACUUCGAUUCGUUAGACGAUGCUUUUUCUUCUAUUCAUAUCCAGGACUCGAGUGGACAGAUCAAAAAGGCCAGACAACACUUACCGCAGAAAGAAAGUCCUUUGCUUGACGCGAGAUAUAUCCAGAUCGAUGAACGUAAGAAUAAAAGGUUCUGGAAAGUCGGGCGAGUAUUCAAGAUGGUGUGGACAGAGCCAGCUCGUCCAAAUGCGGGUCUGAACAAUGGUCAAUACGAGUCGGUGUGGUUAGGCGAGACGGUAUUCAGCGAGAUCCGUCUGUUCGUUGUUGUCGGUGAGGGUUAUGGUAAUGUUAUAUGCUCACCGAUACACACGUAUUCUGGGCAAGCAACUCUGAAGCCCAAUCUACCCGAUCGACAACAGCACGCCAUUAUUUACACCAGUGCGAGACCGCCGGAAGAACGGUGGCAAUACGACACAAAUGGGAAUGUUGUUCGGGAAGAAUUAACCAAGGACCCCAUCAGAGUCGUGCGCGAUCUCGACGACGAGGAAAGCGACCUAGGGGAUCUUGCGCGAAUCAACUAUGCAAAGAUAUAUACAAUUGAGAAGUAUGUGCGUGUCCUUAAUAUCGGGAAGGUCCACGCAAAUUCCAUGGAAUCACUUUUAGCCUCAUGUCUCUUUGUGAGACCAGCAGAUCAACCUCCUCAAGGACCACGAAAAGCCACAUCCAGCAACAAGUCCAACGAGGAUCGUCGCGAUGAAAGGGGGCAAUAUAGGGGGCAGAGCUCAAGGUCGGGCCAUCACCACAGGAGGAAAUGAAAACGCAGCGAAUACUACGGAAGGGAAUGCCUUAAUUGAGGCUGAAGCCUGAAGGAACUUGUUUACAACAAUCGGGAUGUUUUUGUGGGGCGACUGGAAGGCAUGGAUCGGAGUUAGUAUCACAAUACCCACAAUCUACUAGAUCGAUUUUGAAUGCAUGAAAAAUUUAUCUUCA